AUGAAAAAGUCCCGUCAAUUGAGAAAAGCGCUCACUGAGGAAGAAUUAAAAGAAUUUAAAGAAAUAUUUGAUUUGGUGGAUACGGAUGGAGGAGGAUCUAUUCAGAAAGAAGAAUUGCGACAACUAAUGGAGACUCUUGGGCUGAACCCAACGGAUGAGCAAUUGGAUGAAAUGAUGUUGGAAGUGGAUGCAGAUGGCUCAGGUGAUAUCGAUUUCAGCGAAUUUGUUACAGUUAUGUCACGAACGGUUGACGCUACCUAUACAAAGGAAGAAUUGGUGAGAGCUUUUAAACUAUUUGAAAAUGAAGAACAUGGAAGUGGUUUUGUAAAAGCAGAUACUCUUGAAAAAGCCUUAGUAACAUAUGGAGAAAACAUUUCUCUCGAUAAAGCAGCGGAACUACUGUCGAUUGUGGACCCUGACAACACAGGUAAAAUUAACUAUAUGGAAUAUAUAAAUAUGAUGAUGAAUAACGAGUAA